AUGGAGGCGAUCUUCGGGUGGUUCAACGUCUGGCUGCCCGAGUCGCUGCAGCUGCCGCCGGUGGUGUGGGCCAUGACGUGCUUCGGGAUUCUGGCGCACUUCAUGGCGCGGACGACGUACCAGCCGUACAGCAGGAAGCGCCGCGGCGUGGCGGCCAGCAGCAUGGGCGGCCGCGCAGGUGGUGGUAGUGGUGGCCUGUGGGGCGACCUGGGGGGCACCGGCCACCCGUACCCGCCGUUCGCCGAGGGCAUGGGCGACUUCCCGCAGGGCUUCGGGGCCCACGGGGCGUUUGCGGGCUUCCCGCAGCCGCCAGGCGGCGUGGCUGGUAUGGCUGGCGGGGGCGGCGCCCCCGGCGGCGCCCCCAGCGGCGACGCUGGCGGCGCGCCAUUAAGCGAGCCCAGCGGCGUCCCAGGCGGCAGCUGCGACCAGGGCGGCGCGGCCGCGAGCGGCGUGAGCGGCAGAGGCGGCCGCGUGAGGUCCAGGGGCUCCAGUGCGCUGGAGGCGAGCCCGGAAGGCAGCGCGGUGAGCUCCCGGGGCGAGCCCCGGCCGCAGGGGCCGAAGGCGCCCCUGGGCCUGGGGCACGCGCUGAGGUCCCCCCCUGGGCGGGCCGACUGA